AUGGAGUAUGAGACAACGUUAGGCGUGAACGAGAAAGCAAAAGAUCAUAUUACUGGGAAAUUUAUCAAUGCCUUCGAGGACUACUGCAAUGUGGCUACGAAUCUGGCUUUCAAGCCUUGGUUUUUUAUGAUUGAUGGUGUCUUCAAACGAAUUAAGGAUUAUGAUAUAUUAACUUCGAAUAAAAAAAUUAUGUCUGAUAUAGUGAAUGAGGCUAUCUCAUACAAACGCAAAGUAAUGAAGCAAAGGAAGAAUUCGAUCAAUUCUGACAAUUAUCCAGACUUGGAAUGUGAAAAACAAUUUUCGAUAUUGGAUAGUCUGUUGGCGAAUCACGGUGACACAAUCACAGAUCUUGAGUUGUUGGAGGAGAUUUUGGUACUGGCUUUAGCCGGAACUGAUACUACUACCGUCACAGCCUGUUUCAGUGCUCUUCUGCUAGCGGAACAUCCUGAAAUACAAGAGAAAAUUUAUCAAGAGAUUGAAAGAGUACUCGGCGACACAACUAGACCCAUACCUUAUGAUGAUUUACCAAAAUUGAAGUAUUUGGAUGCUGUUAUAAAAGAGACUUUACGACUGUAUCCAUCUGCGCCCUUGAUUGGGAGAUUGGCCGAUAGAGACGUCACUUUACCUUCAGGAAAAACGAUACCAAAAGGAACGACGAUGGCCAUCACCAUUUGGGGGAUGCAACGUAAUCCAAAAUUCUGGGGUGAAGAUGCACACUUAUUUAAUCCAGACCGUUUCAUGAAUGGAGAUCUGCCACAUCCCGCUGCAUAUUUACCAUUUAGCUAUGGGCCUAGAAACUGUAUAGUCUCAACCGAUCCAGACACAAUUGAGUAUGUGUCCAAGGAAUGUCUUGAAAAACCGGAGGUGGUCUGUCUGUUGGGUCGACACAUCACGGGGAACGGGUCAGUGUUUGCACCAGAGACUGGAUUCGGGAUGACGGACUUCGUUAAUAAGGAAAACAAUGAUAAAUUUUUCAAUGCGCUGGCGAUAUAUUUAAAAGUCGCUGUCGAUAUUGGAUUCAAACCGUGGCUUUACAUGUUUCAAACAAUCUUCGAAAGGACUAACGAGUACAAAAUAUUACAAGAGAACAGGGCGAUAUUAUUUACAGUAAUCAACGAAGUUAUUUCCUACAAGCGACAGAAGAAAUUGAACAACAUCGAUGCACCAGGUGAAAACGGACAAUUUACAAUUAUCGAUUACCUAAUGGACCAUUUGUCUAAUGAAGAAUUGUUCGAGGAGAUUAUCGUUAUGGCGGUGGCUGGUACCGAUACAUCUGCUGUUACCUCUUCUUUCACGACGCUGAUGCUGGCCAAGCAUCCUGAUGUACAGGAUAGAGUUUACCAGGAAGUAAAAGAAGUAAUGGGCGACACAAUUAGACCGUUAAAUAGCAACGACCUGGCGCAAAUGAAGUUCCUGGAAGCGGUCUUGAAAGAGACCUUACGGCUUUAUCCACCUGGCCCUUUAAUUGGUAGAAUGAUCGACAGAGACAUUACAUUACCGUCAGGGAUAACUUUAGCCAAAGGGACUUCCUUCGGGUUUAGCAUUUGGGGGCUGCAUCGUCAUCCGAAAUACUGGGGCGAAGAUGCAAAUACAUUCAAUCCGGACCGUUUUAUGAAUGGAUACCCGACACAUCCUACUGCGUUUAUACCAUUUAGCUGCGGCCCUAGGAAUUGUGUAGGCUACAAAUUCGCCAUGGUAUCUAUAAAAACGAUGAUGGCAAAUUUCAUACAUCGUUACGAGGUUCUUCCAGCUGCCUCUACAGACCUGAACCAACCAUUGCGAUUAGAAUUCAAAAUGAUGAUGAGGGAUGUUCACAAUUUUCCAAUCAAGCUGAAACAAAGGACUGUGUAA